GGUCAGUGCCCCGGGCUGUCUGGGAUAGGUAUAAAAGAGCUGAGCACUUUACAGUCCUCUAUCCAGCUUCCUCCACUUGACUCCCUUCAGCUCCUGGGACUCCUUGACUGUGUGGAAGAUGUCCUGCUCCAGCCUGUGUGCCCCUGCCUGCGGUGUGGCCGCCCCGGCCCCACUGGCUAACAGCUGCAAUGAGCCCUGCGUGCGCCAGUGCCCCGACUCCACCGUGGUGAUCCAACCCCCGGCCACCGUGGUCACCUUCCCAGGGCCCAUCCUCAGCUCCUUCCCACAGAGCUCCGUGGUUGGCUCAGCAGGAGUCCCUGCCGUUGGAUCGGGCUUGGGUGGCAGCUUUGGACGUAGUGCCGGCUUUGGGGGCUAUGGAGGCCUGGGAGGCUAUGGAGGCUCUUCUGGCCUUGGAGGCUUUGGGGGCUAUGGAGGCUUUGGUAGCUGUGGAUAUGGUGGCUUCCGUCGAGGCCACAGGUACCUCAGCGGCAGCUGCGGGCCCUGCUAAGCACAGCACUGCAUCUGGAUAGUGAAAGAGAGCUCUGGAGAAGUCCCAGCACAUUC